CGCAGCAUCAUUCGUUUGGUUGGGUGCAACGAGAGAGAGUGAAGCGGAGAAGAGCCGGCGCUGAAACAGAAAUUUUGCAUCCAAAAAGGGAAAUCCGUCCAGGAAUCUGUUUGAAUGAAACUCCACCUUUAGAUUUUCAUUCUAGACCCGCCUACAUAGCUCUGCGCUUUCGUUGGAAUAUAACUUUUCCAAUUUAUUGCAAGCUCGGAUGAAAAUCUUCUUCUCGUCUGGGAGUGGCUUAUACCGCACAUUCAAUGGAAACUGCUGUUGACGUUGUGGGGAAUCAGGAAGCUGAAGUUGAAGAUUAUAUCGCCUCAGGAGAAGCUGCGGAUCCAGUUGUUUAUCAGCUUGUUCGGGUUGAUGGCAAUGGGAUAUUAGUGCCUGCAACUGAUGAUGAGGUUAUGGCAGUCGAAGACCUACUUGACGAUUGCAAAAGUAAAUUUAGAACACUAGACACUGGGCAAACUUUGCAGACCAGUACAGAUUAUGGGUGUGCACCUUGUGAUUCACGUAAAGAUCAGGUCAAAGGAUCAGAAGGUAAAGAACAGCUUGAGGCCCCAGUAGAUGCAGCAAAGCCAAAUGUACCACCUGUACCUACAGUUGACCAAGAUGAGAGGAUAAUUUCUUCAUUGACUCCAAAUUCAAGCGAUAAAAGUGUUAGCCAAUCUGGGAGCCCAGAGGGAUGCGUCAAGCUUCCAGGUAGAUUGGAUGAGAGUCAACCAUCAAGUUCUACUGUUGGUCCUGGGUUGAAACCUGAUUUUUCUUUGCUGAAUGGAGAAAUACAUCUGGAGUGCCUGUCAGUGAGGGAUCUUCAGGAGACUUUCAGAGCAACAUUUGGGAGGGAAACUUCUGUGAAGGACAAACAAUGGCUCAAGAGGAGGAUUAUUAUGGGGUUAACAAAUUCCUGUGAUUUCUCAACUACUAGUUUUGUUAUUAUAGAUAAUAAAGUAGUCAGGAAAGGGAAAGAGCAAACUUGCAAAAGUGCUGACUGCUCUGUUUCGAUCGAUUGUGUAUCUCCAUCUGCGAUUGAAAGCCAUCAAAGUCCUACAAGUUUGGAUGAUACCCCAGUUGAAAUUCCCUUAGUUGCUGAUGAGACAAACUCACAAAGUUCAAGUCAUCAAGACAUUCAUGGAAGUCAAGAUGCUAGCAUGGAGCACCGACCAACAAAAAGGAUUCGGAAGCCCACAAAAAGAUACAUUGAAGAACUUUCUGAAGGAGAAACCAAGGAUUCUGGUGCCAAACCCCUAUCCUCUAUUAAACAACCUUUAUGUGACCGGUCACCUGCAGCAGCUUGCGCAAAACCUCUUCACAAUUUCACACUAGAUGGGAAGUGUCUUAUCAGAAAAGAUUCUAUCGGAGGGACUGGAAUUCAGGUUCCAUAUGUUUCCCGAACCCGAAGGAGCCGCCCCAGGGAGAACUUUAUGGCGCUUAUGAAACUUCAUCCAAGUGGCAUUGGCAUCUCAACCAAAAUGGAAGAGAAUGAUGUUACAUCGUGCGAAGUGCUUGAAAAAGUAAUUGAGAAUGAAGUAGUCAAGAAUUGCUCGUCUUCAAGCCGGAUUAAUGAGCUCGUUGGUGCUUCUCCCGAGACAUGCAACCUCUAUGUAGAAACCGAAAAAAUUGAGCUUGAGGAGGUGAAGAACGUGGAAUCAUGCAAGACUGAUGCAGAUGAUGAACCUGCUGCCAUACUAGGUAGCAAUAGUGGGACGAGGAGGAAACAUCACCGGCCAUGGACUCUAUCUGAAGUCGUUAAACUGGUUGAAGGGGUUGCUAAAUAUGGCGCUGGUAGAUGGUCGGUAAUCAAACGACUUGCAUUUGCCUCGUAUUCUUACCGAACCUCCGUUGACCUAAAGGACAAGUGGAGGAAUCUUCUGCGAGCUAGCCUUUCUGAAUUGGCUACCGGAAAUGUGCCGGACAAACAGGUACAUGGAUCUCGGAAACAAGCUUCAGUCCUCAUCCCCGCUCCAAUCCUAACGCGUGUGAGAGAACUAGCCAACAUCGAAGCUAAGAUUCCAUCGAGCUCCAGUCCGACCAAACCAGACGCUUAUCCCAACCCCGCGGGAACUGCGAAACAAGAAGCACCAAGGUCAGGGUUUUUGUAGUAAAAUUAGGUACAUAUAUAUAUAUAUAUAUCAAUAUAUGUUUUUGUUUGCCUUAAGUCCCAAUAAAAGCAGUGUACCAAAUCUGUGAUGUUUGUGUAAAAAUCUAUUGCCCUUUUGGCUGCUGAAUUGUUGAUGUAUGUAUGUAUAAUGUAUUAUAAGAUUGUGCUAGUUCCAAUUUCAUUGCUUUUACCCA